AUGUCAAAGAACAAUUCCAUAUAUAAUAUAUUAUGGCUUUUAAUUCAAUUAUUUAUUGAAGUAAAUUGUGGUCGGGAUGACGCGAAUACUGUAAAAAUUGGGACUGAAUUUUUUUAUCCUGACGUUUCUGUUCCAUUUAAUACUCAAAAUAUAUUAUGUCAUGACUUAACAAACAUUAAUAAAGUUCCAGCACAUCUUUCUGCUGCAACUGUUAGAGUCUAUUCAUAUGAUACACAGAGUAAUUCAUGGAGCAGCAUAAACUGGGCUAAUGACAGUGCUAUUAGAAAAAAUAACCUAAAAGCUAUAGUUGAUAAUAAUGGGAAAAUGUAUUUAUUCGGUGGACGCUUCAAUGUCACUCGUUAUAAUGAUAUGCUCAUUUUAAAUACAAUAAGUUUGAAAUGGGAAAUAGGAACGACAGUUAAUGCGCCUUCUCCAAGAGCUGUUUAUGGCGCAAUUUACGUCUCAAAGCAGUACAUUAUUUAUUUAGGUGGUUUUUAUGGCACAACUAUUAGUGAUAGUAUAUCUUUAUCAUUGAAAGAGAUUUACUACUAUGACAUGAUUGGUAAUCUGUGGCUUACAAGGGUCAAUACUGGUACAAUUCCGUCCGAUAGAGAUUUCUUCUCUUCUGUUCUUGGAUUGGAUGGGCAACGAAUAAUAAUUUUUGAAGGAAUUAAUAAUCUUAAUAAUCUUAAACCUCGAGAAGCACUUUAUGUUUUGGACUUAGUAAAUUUUGAAUGGUCCAUUCCAAAAGUUUCUGGGACAAUUCCAGGUUCUAGGUUUUGGCACCAAGCGAAUGUGAUUGAAAGAUAUAUGGUUAUAUCAUUUGGAUUUUGUUUUGAAAGAAAUGUUGACUCUGAUAUUUUAUUGCUUGAUAUAAGUAAUAAUGAGGAAUAUAUUUGGACAAACAUUUUUAAUCCAAAUGUUAUAAAUGAAACUUCUCCAAAUGAUUCUUUGAAAGAUUCCCAAGCAACUCCAGUUAUAAUCGUUGCAGUUUUCCGUCAGGUAUUUUGGAAUCUUUUAAAAUAUCCUCCUUAUUAUAUAGACGCUUUAACUGCCAUCGCAAUUACAGUAAUUAUUUCGUACAGAGCCACACCAUCGCGCGCAUUUAAGCUUCAUUAUUUGAAAGCCUUCCUAGAUCUGAUUCCGAAAAGCUGGACAAGGCUCAUCAAGAUAGAAUUACGCCUCAAGAAUUGUUAUUUACAAUUCGCGAUUUUCAUCGAACGAGCCGACUUUAAAAUCCGCAAGGAUGAAUUUGUCGUUGUAUCAAAGUUGGAAUACGAAUUUAAUCGUAUACUUUCUCAGAUGUAUUGUCCAUCGGAAACAGUUGAAUUUUAUGAAAGUUCGUUUGGAAGGUUAUAG